AUGCUCAGAACAUUUAUUCACAGAGCAACAUAUCGUCCACUCUCCAAGACUUACAAAGCCACAGCUACCACAUUACUCAAUUUCCAUAGAACAAUGUCAACAGAAUAUUUAGUCACUGUCUUUGAUUUGCCCACCGCUGAUCGUUCUAAAGUCCGUGCUCAGCAUGUGAAAGAUAUUCCAGCCAAUGUCCCCAACCCAGUCCGCUCAGCUGGUGCUAUAUAUACGGAUGAAUCCAAGACCAAAUUUGCUGGAAGUACAUUCCAUUUAGUUGCUGAUAAUAAGGAUGAAAUUAUUGAGUUUUUAAAGAAAGACAUCUACUUUAAAGAAGGUGUGUGGGAUAUUAACAAUGUGCAAAUUUAUCCUCUCGGGGUUGCUGUUAGAUUGCCAAAAAAAAUGGAUGGUGUUGAUGAACUGCACUACAAAAUAUAG